AUGCAUAACUCGAACUUCCUCACCAUAUGCUUUCUAUUCUUAAACAUUUUAGUUAAUUUUUCUCUGCCUUUAUAUACGCUCUAUCUCUAUACCAUUACCUAUAUAUAUAUAUAUAUAUUAAUUAUAAAUUCAAUGUCUUCAUCUGGUACAUGGAGUGCUCAAGAGGAUAAAGCUUUUGAAAGGGCUCUAGCUGUUUAUGACAAGGAUACCCCUGACCGUUGGUGCAAUGUUGCAAGGGCUGUUGGUGGAAAAUCUCCUGAAGAAGUGAAGAGCCACUAUGAGCACCUUGUUGAGGACGUUAAGCGUAUUGAGUCAGGACAAGUUCCCUUCCCUAUCUACAAGAAUCCCAAAGCAGCAUGA